AUGGUUUAUACUGGCAGCAUCGCCAAGCGGCUGAGCUCGGUGGGCGCCGAGAACACGGAGGAGAACCGGCGCUGGUACCGGCAGCUGCUGUUCACGGCCGACAAGCGCGUGGAGCCGUGCAUCGGCGGCGUCAUCCUCUUCCACGAGACCAUGUACCAGAAGGCCGACGACGGGCGCCCCUUCCCCCAGGUCAUCCGCGACAAGGGAGCCCUGGUGGAUUGCCCCCAACGUCCCCAGUGUCCCCAACGCCCCCGAUGUCCCCAACGCCCCCGAUGUCCCCUGCUGUCCCCAGGGCUGGACGGGCUGAUGGAGCGCUGUGCCCAGUACAAGAAGGACGGCGCUGACUUUGCCAAGUGGCGCUGCGUGCUGAAGAUCACGGCGCACACGCCCACGCGCCUCGCCGUCAUGGAGAACGCCAACGUCCUGGCGCGCUACGCCAGCAUCUGCCAGCAGAACGGCAUUGUCCCCAUCGUGGAGCCCGAGAUCCUGCCGGACGGUGACCACGACCUCAAGACGUGCCAGUACGUCACCGAGAAGGUGCUGGCAGCCGUGUACAAGGCCCUCAGUGACCACCACGUGUACCUGGAGGGGACACUGCUGAAGCCCAACAUGGUGACAGCGGGACACGCCUGUGCCACCAAGUACAGCCCCGAGGAGAUCGCCAUGGCAACCGUCACUGCCCUGCGCAGGACGGUGCCACCCGCCGUGCCAGGGGUCACGUUCCUGUCAGGGUCAGAGCGAGGAGGAGCUGUCACUGUCCCUCAACGCCAUCACCUGCUGUCCCCAGUGUCCCUGAGCCAUCCCAGUGUCCCCAGGCUGUGUCACAGUGAUGUCCCCAUGUCCCCAGCAGGGGUCACGUUCCUGUCAGGGUCAGAGCGAGGAGGAGCUGUCACUGUCCCUCAACGCCAUCACCCGCUGUCCCCAGUGUCCCUGAGCCAUCCCAGUGUCCCCAGGCUGUGUCACUGUCCCCAGGCUGUGUCACUGUCCCCAGGCUGUGUCACAGUGAUGUCCCCAUGUCCCCAGCAGGGGUCACGUUCCUGUCAGGGUCAGAGCGAGGAGGAGCUGUCACUGUCCCUCAACGCCAUCACCCAGUGUCCCCAGUGUCCCUGUGCCAUUCCCGUGUCCCUGAGCCAUCCCAGUGUCCCCAGGCUGAUGUCACAGUGUCCCCUCGAUGUCCCCAGCAGGGGUCACGUUCCUGUCAGGGUCAGAGCGAGGAGGAGCUGUCACUGUCCCUCAACGCCAUCACCCAGUGUCCCCAGUGUCCCUGUGCCAUUCCCGUGUCCCUGAGCCAUCCCAGUGUCC